GAAUUUACAUGAAAUAUCUUGUUUUAGAGGUAAAAUGUAGUUUGGCACCUCUAGGUGCAAACUAUUACGACAUUUUACUGCAUUGGACAAAGAUUUAAAUUCUUUGAGCAACAUGCCGUCAACUACAGGAACAAACGUUAUUCUGUAUAUACAGUUGGCUGGGUAUUGUAUAGCAGCCCUUCUCUCUCUGCUCAUCACUAUCCCGAUGUCCAUGCACCAGGAGAAUUUCAAGGGUCACUGCUUGUUGUUCUCUACUGGUGAGUGGAGGGAAACUGACGGUCAGUUUAUCGUCGACUGGGCCAGCCAAGCGUAUUGUAACUACACCAUCUUCGUGGGAGUUGUUAUGCUGGUUAUCUCGGCUACACAGAUUUACAGACUGUCUAAGUUUCUGUGCAAGGGCAGAGACAGCAGCUUCCUCACGGCGUUCAUAGAUGUCAUCACCAGUCUCUUCAUGUCCGGGAUGACCCUAACAGCUGCUCUCUUCAUCACCCUGGGAUUCAACACCUGGUGUGGAGAAAUGACAAGAAGGUUUGAAAGCUGCGCUGAUGCUACUGAGAACGAUAUUGCUAAGGCCGACGCUAUUGACCCCCAGGGGUUCUACAUGCAGCUCUUCGCUGCACAGUUUGGGGUCUGGCUAUCCUGGACUACAUGGAUGGGACUGCUAGUGUUCUCUGUGGUGAAGCUGUGUAAGUACCACCAGCAGGAGAACAUCAGGGUUAGCAUGGCCAAAGAGAGGAAGAGGUUGAUCAAGGAGGAUCUUAUCACGGAGGUUCCGAGGCCGGGCAGAGACAAUCCUGCACAGGAAACUUCGAUAAAAGUUGGAGGAAAUCGAGUUGGAACGAACGAUGUGGAUUUCCUGGAGUAAAAAGAGAAUGUUCUCUGCAUUUACGAAGUAUUUCCAUAUCAUCAGAUCCAUUGCUUUGUUUUCAAAUUAGGUUUUAUUCUCUGCACAUCCUGCACACAACCCUGGAAAUAAAAAUAAAGUUUAUCGUCACAAGUUGUCACUUAUAUAUUCAUUUUGUUUUAACACAAAAUCAUUCAUAACAGUGUUUAAAACCUUUUAUUAUUUUUAAUUAAAUAUUUGGAAUUUUGUCUUCAUUAUUUUACAUAUUUCACUUAUUGUAGUUUUAUUUCAUUGUCUAGAGUUUUCAAUUCAACUUCACCUAAAGGACUUUAAAACUGAAGAUCAAAAAAGUAUGAGACGCAAAGUUUUUGAACCUAAAAUGUGUCCGAAUUCCAUAAAAAUUGAAUCAGAAUCUGGAUGAAAAUUUUUAUCAGAUUUAAAAUAUAAUCUGAAAAAUAAAUGUAAUGUAUGUUUAGUAUAUGGCGUGCAUGAUAUUUUUCCAAAACUAAAUUUUACCUUGCCACUGUUCAGAGAAGGUUGGGGGAGGGAGGGAAGGCAUGUCGCAAAAAUCGUGGAAACCUGAUUUUCUGUAAACCUGCUGUAUGCUGUACAUCAUUAAUGAUUUAAUGUUUUAAUGAUUUAAAUAAAAUUUUUUAAACAAUUUUUACAUCUUGGCCAUUUUAUUUCACGAUUAGUUUAAUUUUGAUUGCUUUUGACAAGAACUUUCGGGGAAUGCGGCUCGUGCGCAGGUUCUAUGUGGUUUGCCUUCCUACCCUCAUUGAAGGAAGAUCAGUUAAAUCCCUGAAAUCUUCCUUGUAAAUUGUAUUAGAUGUAGUUAUAUAAUUACGUAUAUUUGUAGUCUGAAUUAAAGCCCAAAUUCCAAAGAAUUGAAAAUUUUGUGAAGAAUAAAAUUAAAUUUUUUCUCAAAGCCAAAUUUAAAAAUGAAAUAUUUAAUUAUAAAUGAAAAGUAAAUUUGUCAUAAAAAAUGUCAAAUUACUGUUCUACUGAACAUACAAAUGUUCUACUAAUCUGCUAUGUAUAUUGUAUAUCAAUACAAAACAAUGUUAUUUAGCCUCAUUAAAUUAUUAGUUACCUUGGCAAUUAUGAAUUUUAACUUUGAUUAUAUCUUCUAUUUUAUGAUUUUAAAUCUUUAAUCCCUUUUUUAUGUAUGGUGAGUUGGUGACUCUAGUAAGUUCUUUUCUAACUUAUGUAAUUUUAAAAAUGUACAAUUCAUGUUAAGGGGUGUAAAUGUAAAUGUAUGUCAAUGUAUGUCAGUCAUCAAACAUUAAUGUGGGUUCAAUUUGACACAAAAGAAGGGAGAACCAAUAGUAUUUUCUUUUUAAAUCAGCCAAGGAAGAGAAUUUGGGAUAUGCACCCCUUUGUAUUUAAUCUGUGUGUUGUAAG